GAGGGGCCUCGGUGCAACUUGCGGGAGGAGCUGCUGCAGUACAGCUGCAGGGAGGACAGCAUCGUCUACACCCAGGGAGAGAUGCAGACCCAGCAGAAUUUCAGUAUCAACACAUCCCUGCAGAGGACACAGGUGUCCCCCCAGAGCAUGUUCAUGCGGCUGCGAGCUGGGGAGGAGAUGAGUUUCAACAUGGAUGUGUUCCAGCCCUUGGAGAGCCCUGUGGAUCUCUACAUCCUCAUGGACUUCUCCUACUCUAUGUCUGAUGAUCUGGACAACCUCAAAAGCAUGGGUCAAAACCUAGCGGAGUUCCUGCAGGCCCUGACCUCCAAUUAUACCAUUGGAUUUGGCAAGUUUGUGGACAAAGUUACAUCCCCUCAGACAGACAUGAGACCCGAGAAGUUACGUGAGCCCUGGAACAACGCUGACUCCCCCUUCUCCUUCAAGAACAUCAUCCGCCUGACCAGCAACAUCAACUACUUCAGCCAGGAGCUCAGGAAAGAGCGCAUCUCUGGCAACCUGGAUGCCCCUGAGGGUGGCUUUGAUGCCAUCCUGCAGACAGCUGUUUGUAAGGAUAAGAUUGGCUGGAGGAAGGACAGCACUCACCUGCUCGUGUUCUCCACUGAAUCUGCCUUUCACUAUGAGGCUGAUGGUACCAACGUCCUGGCAGGGAUCUUGGCAAGAAAUGAUGAGCAGUGUCACCUAGAUGCUGAUGGCACCUACGUGUAUGACACCAAGCAGGACUAUCCUUCAGUGCCCACGUUGGUGCGCCUGUUGGGCCAACACAACAUCAUCCCCAUCUUUGCUGUCACUAACCACUCCUACAGCUACUAUGAGAAGCUGCACAAGUAUUUCCCCAUCUCUGAGAUUGGGGUGCUCCAGGAGGACUCUUCCAACAUUGUGGAGCUGCUCCGCACAGCCUUUGAGCGCAUCCACUCCAAGAUGGACAUCAGGGCUGAUUUUGUCCCUAAAGCCAUGAAGACAGAGUUCACCUCCUCCAUGUAUGAAAAGACAGAAUCUGGCUCCUUCCACAUCACCCGUGGGGAAUUGGGCAAGUUCAACGUGCGUGUGAAGGCUCUUGAGUACAUUGGUGGGCAGCAUGUCUGCAGCCUCCCUGAGAGAGACCGUCAGGGAGUCAUCCACCUGAAACCCACAUCCCUGAGUGACAGCCUCCAAGUCACAGCCUCUGUCAUCUGUGAUGUGUGUCCCUGUGAACAGCAACAAGAAUUCAGCUCACCCAAGUGCAGCCUCCAUGGGGACUUUGUUUGCGGGCAGUGCAUCUGCCAUCCGGGAUGGCGAGGGGACAAAUGCGACUGCUCCCCGGCCUCGUCCCCCAGCAACGAAGCCUGCAUUCGCCCCGGGGACACGGAGCCAUGCUCGGGCCGGGGCGAGUGCCUGUGUGGGAGGUGCCAGUGCUACUCCGAGGACCUGAGGCAGCGCUUCGACGGAGCCUUCUGCCAGUACGAUGUCCUGCAGUGCCCGCGCACCUCUGGCUUCCUCUGCAACGAUCGUGGCCGCUGUUCCCAGGGCGCAUGUGUGUGCGAGGCUGGCUGGGAAGGUCCUGGCUGUGAAUGUCCCACCAGCACAGACACCUGCAUCGACAGCCGAGGGGGCAUUUGCAACAACCACGGGAGGUGUGAAUGUGGCAGAUGCAUCUGUGACAAGUCUUCGCUCUACACCAGCUCCACCUGUGAAAUCAGCUACUCCCUGGGUUUCCAGGCUGUGUGUGAGAGCAUCCGGGACUGUGUCCGCUGCCAGACCUGGGGAACAGGGAACAUGAAAGGGAACUGCAGCAAGUGCCACCUCCAGAUCCAGAUGGUGGAAGAGCUGAAGAGAGAGGAGGCCAGUGAAUAUUGCUCCUUCCAGGAUGAGGAUGAUGAUUGCACGUACCACUACACCCUGGAGGGGGACCCCACCAUCCUCCCCAACACCACUGUCCAUGUGCAGAAGAAAAAAGAGUGCCCACCAGGGAGCUUCCUCUGGCUUAUCCCGCUGCUCAUCUUCCUCAUCCUUCUCCUGGGGCUGCUGCUUCUGCUCUGCUGGAAGUUCUGUGCCUGCUGCAAGGCUUGCCUGGCCCUGCUUCCCUGCUGUGCACGAGGUCGCACUGUUGGCUUCAAGGAGGACCACUACAUGCUUCGCCACAGCCUCAUGUCCUCCGACCACCUGGACACCCCCAUGAUCCGCACUGGAUCCCUUAAGGAUCGGGACACAGUCCGCUGGAAGAUCAACAACAAUGUUCACAAACAGGGCUUCACCUCCCUCGCUGCCACCAACCCCAAAGAUCUUGUUCCCUACGGGCUGUCUCUGAGGCUCACCAGGCUUUUCACACAGAACCUGGCAAAGCCGGACAGCCGGGAGUGUGAGCAGCUGCGCAAGGAAGUGGAGGAUAACCUGAAUGAUGUCUUCAAGCACAUACCUGGCUGCCACAAGCUCCAGCAGACCAAGUUCAGGUUACAGCCCAAUUCUGGGAAAAGGCAGGACCACACCAUUGUGGACACAGUGCUUGCUGCCCCUCGUUCAGCCAAGACUGAGAUCAUCAAAGUGGUGGAAAAGCAUGUUUCCCAUGAGGCCUUCAAUGACCUGAAGGUUUCACCAGGUUAUUACACUGUGACCUCAGACCAAGAUGCUCAUGGGAUGGUGGAGUUCCAAGAGAACGUGGAGCUGGUGGAUGUUCGUGUCCCACUCUUCAUCAGGGAUGAUGAUGAUGAUGAAAAGCAGCUGCAGGUGGAGGCCAUUGAUGUACCCACUGGCAUUGCUGAGAUUGGGCGCAGACUGGUCAACAUCACCAUCAUCAAAGAGCAAGCCAGCAGCCUCAUUACCUUCCUGCAGCCAGCCUAUUCCCACAGCCGCUUUGAUAAGCUGGCCAAGAUCCCUGUCCUCCGGGAGAUCAUAGACAACGGGAAAUCCCAAGUCACCUACAGGACCCGGGAUCUCACUGCCAAGAAUGGCAGGGACUACAUCUUCACAGAGGGUGACCUGGUCUUCCAGCCCGGGGAGACCCGAAAGGAGGUGCAGGUCCCCUUGCUGGAGCUGACAGAAAUAGACACCCUGCUCCACAACAGCCAGCUCAAGCAGUUUGCCAUCGACCUCCUCCAUCCCAAGCACGGCGCCAAGAUAGGACGAUACCCCCAGACCACGGUGACCAUCGCUGACCCAGAGGUGGUGGAUGGUGUCCCCUCCAUGACUGGGCUGAGCCAGGUCCCUCAGUCACCCAAAGGCCGCCUGAAUGCACCACAUAAUCCCAGUGCCCAUGCUCUCAGCUCCAGGGAAAUCCGCUUCAGCUGGUUUCCUCCACCAGGAAAACCUCUGGGGUACAAGGUGAAAUACUGGAUCCAAGGGGACCCUGAGUCAGAAGCCCAUCUCAUUGAUGUCAAAGCACCAUCAGCACAGUUGAGUAACCUCUACCCCUUCUGUGACUACGAGAUGCAAGUCUGUGCCUACAACUCCAUGGGUGAAGGUGCUUACUCCGACAUCAUCCACUGCCGCACGCUUGAGGAUGUUCCCAGUGAGCCCGGACGCUUGGCUUUCAACGUUGUGUCUUCUACUGUGACUCAGCUGAGCUGGGCUGAGCCUGCAGAAACCAACGGGGAGAUCACAGCUUAUGAAGUCAGUUAUGGACUCGUCAACGAGGACAACAUACCCAUUGGCCCGAUGAAGAAGGUGCUGGUUGAAGACCCAAAGAAGCGUAUGGUGCUGAUAGAAAACCUGCGAGAGUCCCAGCCCUAUCGUUACAUAGUGAAGGCCAGAAAUGGGGCAGGCUGGGGACCUGAGAGAGAAGCCACCAUCAACCUGGCUACCCAGCCCAAGCGCCCGAUGUCCAUCCCCAUCAUCCCCGACGUGCCCAUCAUUGAUGCAGAGGGAGGUGAGGACUAUGACAGUUACCUGAUGUACAGCACAGAUGUGCUGCGCUCUCCAGCUGGCAGCAAGCAUCCCAGCGUCUCUGAUGACUCAGAGCACUUGCUGAAUGGCCGGGUGGACUUCUCCUUCCCUGGCAGUGGCAGUGGGACACUGACCAGGACAGCAAACACCAGCUACCACCAGCUGAGCCAACACAUACAGCAGGAGCACAGGGUGAUGGGGAGCUCCUCGCUGACAAAAGAAUACUCCACAAUGAUGAUGGGGCACGACUCCAGGCUACCACUGGGCAUCCCUGACACCCCCACACGCCUGGUGUUCUCUGCCCUGGGACCUACCUCCCUGAAGGUGAGCUGGCAGGAGCCACACUGCGAGAAGGAGGUGCAGGGCUACAGCGUACAGUACCAGCUCAUCAAUGGAGGAGAGGUGCACCGACUCACCAUCCCUAGCCCCAGCCAGAACUCGGUGGUGGUUGAGGACCUGCUGCCCAACCACUCCUACAUCUUCAAGGUGAAGGCACAGAGCGAAGAAGGUUGGGGCCCUGAGAGGGAAGGAGUCAUCACCAUAGAGUCCCAGGUGGACCCGCAGAGCCCGCUCAGCCCUGUACCAGGUUCACCCUUCACACUGAGCACACCCAGUGCUCCAGGACCCCUGGUUUUCACUGCCCUCAGCCCUGAAUCCCUCCAGCUCAGCUGGGAGAGACCCCGCAAGCCCAAUGGGUCCAUCUUGGGCUAUAUGAUCACCUGUGAGAUGCUGCAUGGAGGAGGGGAGCCAAGGAAUAUCUAUGUUGAAGGAGACAAUCCAGAAACUACUCUGACUGUGCCCCACCUGAGUGAGAACAUCCCAUACAAGUUCAAAGUGCAAGCCAAGACCACCCAAGGCUUUGGACCAGAGAGAGAAGGCAUCAUCACCAUUGAAUCGCAGGAUGGAGGCACUUUCUCCCAGUUUGGAGGACAGCAGUACAUGAGAGAAGAAGUGUACAACUUCCCCACUGAAUACGCCACCAAAACCAGCAUCAGCCAUUCCUCUCUGGAUCCCCACUUCACAGAUGGCAUGCUCAUGACAACCCAGCGAGUGGAGAGUGCCAGCAGCACCCUCACCAAACAGGUCACCAAAGAGUUUGUGAGCCGGACCGUGAUGUCCAGUGGGACUCUAACCAAACAGAUGGAGAGGCAGUUCUAUGAGGCCUGAGCCAGGGCAGGCUCUCUGCCAGCGUGACGUUUGUUCGGAUGACAGGGGUUUGUGGAAUGAGCCAAGGGUGCUUCAUCCAGACUGCCAUGGUGCCUGGGCAGCUCCUCUUGUGGGCAGAGAACCACCAUGGCACUUCAAGCUCUGGACAUCACCUUUGGAGCCCAGCACACUCAAAGCUCUGGCACAGUUGGCUCACCAGGUGUGUGCUCAUCUUUUGGGACUUCUUCACCCUGUCCUGCUCUGCAGGGACUCAGCUCUGCAGAGCCCACAUCUUCCAUGAACAAUCACCACUCACUCCAAUACACACUGACUGCCCAUCCUUCCAAAUGCACCUGCUGAAACCUGGGUGUCUCAAUGGCUCCAACCUCCCCAGAUAAAUGGAACAGAAUGAUUUAUUCUCAGGUCCUCACUUUUGAGAGGAUCCCAGCUGUUGGAAUCCUGAUUUAUAGAGGGUCACUUUUCCUUCUUUUCUCCAAGCUCUUUGGCAACUUGUCUAUCCCCUGGAGAUGGUUAUUUUGUUGUAUUUGGGUUUUUUGUAUGAGAGCUGCCAGGCAGGGGCUUGGGGGUGACCUGUGCUUUCUUACUUGUGCCUGUCCUUUGCUGCUAACAUUUGGAACCAUGAUAGCAAAGCAUUGCCUUUCACUCAUUGCGUUACUCAUGAUGGCCUCUGGAU